ACAAGACGGACACAAGUGCAGACAAGAUGGCGGCCGCCGACGGGAAGAAGCGUGGCCUGGAACAUUUGGACGAAUAUGAACCUAAAGCCGCCAAACAUCUCCGCACUCUGCAUGACCGCAUGUCGGAGAGACGAUUAGUCGUCAUUCUGGAGGGAGCCUCGUUAGAAAGCGUGAAGGUCGGAAAAAACUUCGAGCUGCUGAACUGUGAUCAACACAAAAAUGUGAUUAUUAAAAGUGGAAGAGAUCCAGGACACAUCAGACCGGAUAUCACACACCAGUGUCUGCUCAUGUUAAUGGAUAGUCCACUGAACAGAGCGGGCCUCCUGCAGGUCUACAUCCACACGGACAAAAAUGGCUUAAUAGAGAUCAACCCGCAGACUCGCAUCCCAAGAACCUUCCCGCGCUUCUGUGGCCUAAUGGUUCAACUGCUGCACAAGCUGAGCGUGCGAGCCUCCGACGGUCCUCAGAAGCUCCUGAAAAUGAUCAAAAACCCCGUGUCGGACCACCUGCCUCCCGGCUGCCCACGGAUUUCCACGUCUUUCUCAGCCGGAGAGGCCGUGUGCGCUCGCUCCUUGGUGCCACAGGGGCCGGCCGCAGUGGUGAUCGGAGCGUUUGCACACGGAGCGGUGAAUGUAGACUACGCGGAGAAGACGGUGUCCAUCAGUAACUACCCCCUCUCUGCAGCCGUGACCUGUUCCAAGAUCUGCUCUGCUUUUGAAGAGGUGUGGGGGGUCUUGUGAUAGAACCCCACCCUCGCCAGGAACUUUUUGAAUAGACUGGACCAAGGAUGCUUAAUGUGGACCCUCUUUUAUACAACAUGUCAUUUCUACAGUGACGACUCCCAUAAAGAAGCUUAAAUGCUU